AUGGCUUCGUUCUCAUUUUCUCUGUCUUCGGCGAUCUUCGCAACCUUGUAUUUCCUUCUCUCAGUGAACACCCAACUUGCAGCACACAAAAUCCACCGCAAUCACCUCCAUUUUGGAACAUCAGUAACUGUAAGGAAGGACCUCUGCUUCACUAGCUUCCAUCCUAGAUUAAACCCAAGGAGUACGCACGACAUUAAGCUCCUGGGGAGUGCAACAAUAUCCAAUGACAAUGGUAUUAUCCAAAUUCCUGACCCAUCACGGGCUGCUAAUCGUAGUUGUCUAGCAGGUAGAGCCGUUUAUAGCUGUCCUAUUCGUAUGUUUGAACCUGUAACCAAGACCAUAGCUUCCUUCAAUACCACUUUCUCCUUUCAGUUCACAGCCACCAUGUUUACAUCCAAUGCUACUGAUGAGUCAUCCUCAAGCCGUGAUCAAGAAGGGAGCGGCUUAGCAUUUGUCCUGGCUCCUGAGUUCACUGUAGGGAGAGCCGGACACAGGCUUGGCUUGCGUAAUGACACAUGCGACCACUGCAAGAUUUUCGCAAUCAAAUUCAAUAACGGCCAUGACACGGAGUUUGGCGAUCCUAACGAUGAUCACGUCGGAAUCAACCUUGGAAGCAUUGUUUCCAUGAAAACAGCCAUUCUAUCAGAAACCACAGUUUCCCUCCAUGGUGGUUCUGUUCAUCGGGCAUGGAUCAAUUACGACGGUAGUCGGAAAUGGAUCGAUGUUUAUCUGGGAGCUGACAAUGAUCGCACGCCAAACCAAACCAUAUUAUCAUCGCCUCUGGAUCUAUCCUGUUUUCUCAACAAAUUUAUGUUUGUUGGGUUCUCGGCCUCCACAGCCAAAUCGACACAAAUCCAGAGUGUCCUAUCAUGGAACUUCUCUUCCACAAUUGAAGCCUUUCUUCAAGUCCCCAGUGAAAGAAUUUGCGAAACAAACCUCUUCCACCAAGUUGCCAAGUACUCUAAAGUCCCUCGCUCAAGGGAACCAAGCAGCUUUCUGAUUUUUGUCGCUGUGGUUGGGCUAUGCACACUAGCUCUUGUAGUCCUCUAUUGCAACCCCCACAAAAGCUCACCUUAUAGUUUCCCCGACAUCAAGCAGAGGCCAACACCACCUAGCAAGCCUCACUCCUUUACGAUCCAUGAAAUUUACAGAGCUACACACAAAUUCAGCAAAUCAGAAGUGCUAAGUAGCAACCCGGGAGGUGUUCUAUAUAGAGGAACUCUUCCCAAUGGCCAUCAUAUUGCAGUUAAGCGGUUCUCACAGCACUUGGAGAGUCAGACAAUUUUGUCGAGCAUGCACGCCCGAAUAAUGAAAAGAAUCAAUGGCUUGAACCAAUUUUGCCAUCCUAACCUGGCUCCUAUCAAAGGGUGGUGUUACAACAGUAAGGAGAUGAUCGUCGUCUAUGAUUAUUUCCAGAAUGGGAGCCUCGACAAAUGGCUUUUAGGACUCGGCAUCCUUCCAUGGACUCGUAGGUUCAAUCUCAUUGCAGAUGUCGCGAAAGCAUUAAGUUUUCUCCAUUCUAAGGACACCAUUCAUGGAAAUUUGAGGACGAGCAGUGUGUUUCUCGACAUUAGCUGUGCAGCCAUUUUGGCAGAUUAUGCAUUAGUUACUGUCGCAGCGAAGUCAAACAGAGGCGAGAAUGUGUUCAUUGGCAAGAGAAAAGAUGUGUUUGGAUUCGGUAUGAUGGUAUUAGAGAUUGUUGCUGGGAAGAGAAGUUCGAGUGUGGGCGAGAAAGAGGACACGGGAAUUCUAGAAUUUGCGUGGAGCAUGCAUGAGACAGGAGAGAAGAAAAGAGUCCUGGACGAGCGGAUGGGAUCAGGCGGAGCCAUAGAACAAGCUCUUCGUGCCUUGGACAUUGGUCUGGUUUGUACUUUGAAGGAAGAGAACGGGGGGGUCUCCAUGGAAGACGUGGUGCAACUUCUGAGUACGAGAGCAAUUCCCAAGUUGCCCCAGAAGAAACCAGCUCAAUUUUCGCAAUCUCUCUGUAUAAUAUGA